GAGUAAACAAAUCACCUUUGUUUUUGCUAAACAAAAUUUUAGGUGUUUAAAUUAAUAUUUUAGUUCCAUGAGUUGCUAAUACCAUCUAUUUCAUUAAAGUGUUUUGAACUUUUUAUAAGUUUAUAUAUAUAUAAAAAUAUGGCAUCGUUAGAUUUUAAAGAUCGUGUAGCGGUUGUAACAGGAGCUGGUGCUGGUUUAGGAAGGUCUUAUGCACUUUUAUUUGCAUCAAGGGGUGCCAAAGUUGUUGUUAAUGACUUGGGAUCAGGUCGACACGGUGAAGGACAACAAUCUGCUGCUGCUGAUAGUGUAGUUGCAGAAAUUCGUAAAAAUGGCGGUAUUGCUGUGGCAGAUUACAAUUCGGUUGUUGAUGGUGAAAAAGUUAUUAAAACAGCUCUAGAUAAUUUCGGACGUGUUGAUAUUGUAGUAAAUAAUGCAGGAAUAUUACGAGAUCGCAGUUUUGCAAGAAUUUCCGAUCAAGAUUGGGAUCUUAUCCAUGCUGUACAUUUAAAAGGAUCUUUUAAAGUAACCCAAGCAGCGUGGCCAAUAUUUAGAAAACAAAAUUAUGGGCGUAUUAUAAUGACUUCUUCAAAUGCUGGAAUUUAUGGCAAUUUUGGACAAGCUAAUUAUUCAGCUGCUAAACUUGGGUUAGUUGGAUUAGCAAACACUUUAGCCAUUGAAGGACAAAAAUACAAUAUACAUUGUAAUGUUAUUGUGCCUACAGCAGCUAGCCGCCUCACCGAAGAUAUUCUUCCUCCAGAUCUUUUCAAAGAACUCAAACCAGAAUAUAUUGCACCAGUUGUUGCUUAUUUAUGUCAUGAAUCGUGUGAUGCAAAUGGAGAAAUUAUUGAAUCGGCAAUUGGUUGGGUUGGAAAGUUACACUACAUACGUUCUCAAGGAAAAUUACUACGCACAUCAAAUUCUCCUACUUUUACAAUUGAAGAUGUACAAGCUAAUUGGUCACAAGCUAUGGAUAUGUCGAAAGCGAAACAUCUUGAUAAUAUUCAAGAGGCUACUGCUGCGUUAGUUGACAGUAUAAAUAAUAAUGGAAGCUCAGAUUCUGGAGCCUCUGGAGAUGAUUCAAAUUUAUUUAAGAUUGACAAUAACAAAUUGAUUUUAUAUUCUCUUGCUGUUGGAGCAACAGUCACUAAGCCAGCACAUUUAUCAUAUUUAUAUGAAAAUCAUGAAAAUUUCCAACCAGCUCCUGGAUUUUUCAUUUUACCAGGUUUAAUGACAAUUAUGACCAGUUCAGUUACUGCUGAUGCUUUACCACAUGCCGAUGUAAGCCCAACGAAUAUAUUACAUGGUGAACAAUAUUUAGAAGUUGUAGGAAAGCUUCCUACUGAAGGACAAGUUCGUACAGAAGUGUCAGUUGCUGAUGUCUUAGAUAAAGGAUCUGGAGCGGUUGUUAUUGUUGACUUUUCUACAUAUAAUGGAGAUGAGGUUAUUGUAAAAGGUCAAAUGAUGGCUUUCUGUGUGGGUGCCGGUAAUUUUGGAGGGCCUAGAAAUUCUGCAAAAGCAAUUGCACCAGUUCCGCCACCUAAACGACAACCUGAUGCAGUAAUUGAAGAAAAGACAUCUGAAGAUGCUGCAGCAUUAUAUCGACUCUGCGGCGAUUUGAAUCCGUUACAUAUCGACUCAAAUAUUGCACAAAUGGCUGGCUAUAAAAAACCAAUUUUACAUGGAUUAUGCACUGUUGGAUAUUCCGUACGGCAUGUUUUAGAUCAGUACGCCGAUAGUGAUGGUUCAUUAUUUAAAUCUUACAAGGUAAGAUUUUCGAAACCAGUCUUACCAGGGCAAACUCUUCGAACAUUGAUGUGGCGAGAGGGUAAUCGAAUUUAUUUCUCCACACAAAUUAAAGAAACUGGUGCUGAAGUCGUAACCGGAGCGUACGUAGAUUUAAAAGAAGUUAAAAUGACAGCGUCAACAAAACUUGUAUCUGCUCCAUCAUUAGAAAGUGAUGCUAUUUUCCAAAAAAUCAUUGAUGGUGUUAAAGAAGAUCCCGCCAAAGCUAAGUCUGUGAAUGGAAUAUUUUUAUAUGAAAUUACCAAAGAUGGGAAAAAAGUUAAAGAAUGGACAUUGGAUUUAAAGAAAGGUGAAGUUUAUGAAGGACAACCCAAAGGAGGUAAAGCCGAUACAACUUUAACUGUUUCCGAUAGUGAUAUGGUUGAUAUUGCUUUCGGUAAAUUACAAGCUCAAGCUGCAUAUAUGCGUGGUAAAUUGAAAAUUAAAGGAAAUAUUAUGCUCACACAAAAAUUAGUUCCAUUAUUGAAAUCUGGCCCUAAAUUAUAAAGACCAUUUUUUAGUAUUCUGGGCAUUUAUCGUUUUUCCAAUUUCCAAUCAUUUUUAAAGGAGAAAAUUUUUAUUUAGAUAAUAGGUAUACAAAUUUAUAUCUUGUUAUUUAGAUUUUAAGAUUUAUAUGUUGUUAUAAUGAACUGUAUAGAUUUACACCCGAAUAUAGGUGCUUGUAACUUUGUACGUACUUCUUGUAUUUCUGGGCAUGUAUGUAUCUUUUAUAAUUGUGGUAUUUUCUAAAGAGGUUUAUUAAUAAAUAUGUUUUUAAUAAAA